GUCUUGGAUAAUUCGUCAGUUGUUAACAUAUCCGUCAGACUCAGCGUUGUGUCUCCUCGCGGGGCAUUUUUGUUUGUCUUCAUUACGCUGGAGGACCGACACGGCGCCGUGUUGAAAGGUUUUGCUGCUCUGUGCCACUACGCGGAGUUGCGGCAGCGAAGCGCAUUGGGGGCCUAUCACCACCUGCGGCUUUCUCGCCUAUGCGUGCCCCUAUACCUCCGUUGUCUUUCAAUCUUAGGGGGGCCCCCAGGGCCCCCAGAGGCCCCUGGGGGCCCCCAGGGGCCCUCUAUAGAUGAUGUUGAAAGCCCUAGCCUUCGGCAGGAGUGGCUGCAGCUGCGAAUGGUAAGUUAG